AACCACUGUAUGCCUGGCCUACGUUUGUGUGCGAUUUGGCUUCGCCAGCAAUGUGCUCUGAUCGAUGAUACGCUUUUGGCUGAGUGGAGCUUCGAGGAAGACCCGCAGUUGGCUCAAGCAGCUGAUGCUGUUUUGGCCACUCAUGUUCAGGCCGCCAUCAUGGCCCUUUGCUUGAAUGUGGAAAAUCAGAAUCCUCGCAAUGGGUUGACCACGGAAGAGAUGUUCCCCUACGUGCACUACGUAUUGCGCCAUCCACAGGAUUGGAGCCUCCACACCAUGGCCUUGCUCACCCAAGCCCGCUUGGAAAAGGCCAAGGUGCGCACCCUGCAGCGUGCCUGCGAGCAACUGGACGCCGUAUCCGGGUUGUACAGCGCUUCCGCAGCACCCGCUGUCGCGCGCUUGCGGUAUCUAUCCUGCGUGAAUUUGCCACCGCACUGGAAGCUGUUGCGGGAGCUGGGCCGCGUGUACAAUUCGCUUGGCAUCUAUCGAGAUGCUUUGGAAAUCUUCCAGCGCUUGGAGCUUUGGGAAGGCGUCAUUUCGUGUCACCAGUCUCUGGAUCAGGAUGAGCAAGCCGAGGCAUUGGUUCGCCGCCGUCUGUCAGAGGAGCCCAGCCCCGAUUUGUACUGUGUCUUGGGUGAUCUGAAACGUGACGUGACGUUUUAUGACCAAGCUUGGGAGCUCAGCAAGCAUCGCUCCAGCCGAGCCAUGCGCAGCAAAGGCAUCUUCCUUUUGCGCGACGCUGAGCGCAACCGGGAGAAACACGGCACGCUGCAGACUGAGAAGUAUGAAAAGGCCAUUGAAGCCUUUGAGGCCUGCCUGAAGCUCAAUCACAUGCAAACGGAUGUGUGGUUUUCGCUGGGCGCCUGCGGCCUUCGGCUGGAACGCUGGCCCUUGGUGUGCAAGGCUUUCCGCCGCAAGGUUGAAAUCGAUGACGAUGACUUUGAGUCUUGGAACAACCUGGCCAAUGGCUACGUCAAGACUGGGGACAAGCGUCGCGCGUACUAUGCCUUUCACGAGGCCAGUCGCCAUGCCUACGACAACUGGAAAGUGUGGGAAAAUUUGAGUGCAGUGGCGGUCGACGUGGGCGCGUUUCAAGAUGUGCUGCAUGCCAUCGAGCGCAUCAUGGACAUUAAAAAGUCUUACGAUGACUUUGAGGUACUCAGUGCACUGGUUCAUGCGCUGGUGGCUGACGUCAAGGACUUGUCUGAUAGCCCAGCACGGCGUUUAGAAGCGCGAGUUCGUGCAGCGUGUGAUCGCCUGCGUACCAUCAAGGUGUCUCGCUAUGAGGUGUGGAUUUCAGCGGCUCGGUUUUACAACUAUGCCCAUCAGCAUGCGCAGGCAUUUGAGGCACGCCGCAACGCCUACCAGCUGGUGAAGGCUCAGGCGCACUGGGACCGCGAUCCUCAGCAAUUAGUCCAUGUCGUGCGUUGCUUGCAGGACAUGCUGGAAGCCAACCGGGAAAACCCUGAGGCCAAACAGCUCUCGUCGUCCCGCUUGCUGGUGCGGGGUGCCAUCAAGUCAGUGGAGAAUGCAGUAGGCCGUGAGCACGAUCGCGCCGACAUCCGUGCUUUGCAGGAUGAGCUCGAGGCGGUGGCAUCUGAGACGGAUACCUUGUUGGCGACGGCACGUGGACAGGCCUAGAGCUGUUGUGCCAGCUUGAACCAGCACACUCUCUCCAGGGAAGAGGGGGUCGGUGUUGCGGGCUGCGCGGCGCUGCUCGUUUGCAUGAACAUAUGAAACAAUGAUGCCUGUUAAUUAAAACUGACAGUGCUUUCAC